GGGAGCGAGAGCGAGGGCGGGUCGAAAUGGGGAAACGUUUUGCUUACGGCUCUCGGCUUUGAAGUUUUGGGAGGCACCACCUCCUCCUCCGCCUUCGUGCACGAGUCUGCGGAUCAACGGGUGACUUCUUCCCGUGGCGGUACUUCUCUGAUGGUUUUGUGGUAACAGGAAAAAUUAGUUCUUGAAGAACCAGAUGCUGCUGUGUUCUGUGACACAAUUCAGCAUAUAGUAAGAUGUUGGUCGAAAGUAUCAAAAGAAGCACAGAUUUAUUGAUUUUUGGCUUCACUGUAUCUAAUUAGCUGUCUAAGCAAGAUAACAUGUAAUUUUAGAUAUGUCAAAGGGUCAUUCAGAACAAAAAACUCAUACUGGGAGGAGAACCCUUGGAAGGUGCAAAAGCAAGACUAUCGAGAUCAUUGAUAUUGACAAAGGGAAAGCUGAUGUUAUUAUCAUUGAUGCCCCAGAAUCUUCCCAUCAAGGAUCUGGGUGUUCUAGGUUUAACAAUUGUAGUAGCCCGGUUACUGUUAUUCGCAUCGAUGAUGAAGAGGGAGAUAUUGGUGACACUCCCUAUAAUGCAGGUCAGGAUUUCUCAACCAACAGAGCUUUUUCUGUGUUUGGCAAUUGUACAAUGGACACAAAAAACGAUAAUGAUGAUUGUCGAAUGUUUCUUAAAGAGGGUCGUUUCUGUUCUAGCAUGACUGGGAAAACCACAAUGCAUCCUGUUUUUGGUUCUCCUAGAAAUCGCUAUGGUAUAUAUCCUAAUUAUCCAGAAAGCAGUUCAUCUGAAAGUGAUAGUUCAGAAUGUGACACUAGUGAAAGUGACAACUCUGACUGUGAGAUUAUGGAAGAUUCUUCUGGACUUAUCCGAGAACAGUGGGAAAGAGCUGCUUUUAUAAAAAAAAAAUCACGAACAGUUCAAGUUGGUUCUGAGGAUCAGGCUAGUGCAUCAGGAUCAAGUGCUGAUCCUGGUUUUCCAUUGGCUGAACCUACCCAAAAUAUGGUUGAUUUGGAAGACAUUAUAAAUGAGAACUGUUCAGAGCAUUUGAAAGGAUUAUUUGGCAAGUGUGGUCCAAGUUGUUCAAACAGUGGAACAAACCUCACCUCUAAGACCAAGGGCAGUGAACCUAAUGGAGAUCCUUUUGUGGGUAGUACUAGCAGAAAAGACUGUAGUGCAGAUUCAGAUUCCUCUACUGGCAUCAGUUCUGAAGGGCCCAGUUUUGAGAAGGGAAACAUAAUUUCUGAAAGUAGUCUACCCAGAGCCCAGUUCUUGGGAACUAUUGAUCUUAACAAAGUUUCUACUCCAGACGUACAAAUGCAAAGCAACAUCCAUUCCAAAGUUGAUGAGUUUGGGCUAAUGGAGAGAGCUGAGGAAGUUUCUUUUGGAAAAUCUUCCUUCACAGAUGCAUUUAGGGUUGAAACAAGCUACCAGGAUCAAGGUGGAACUUGUCCUGGAAAACCGUCUGAAGCUUGGGAUGGAGAAUGCUUAUUUUCAGACAGUGUUGGUUUUCAGAAUCAGAAGGAAGAUGUGCUUUACAACCAAUCACUACAUGAAACCCCUCUUAAUCAUGAAGUUAGUGGUGAGGCAAAAGAGAACUCGUCCAAGGAACAAAUGCAUCCACUUAAUGACCCACUGCAUGAUGAUCUACGAAUGAAAGAUGGCAGUGGUUGCUUCGACUGUGACAUUGAUGCCAUUCAUGGAGACUCAACUCUUGAAACUAAUCCAGAAACUGGAGCAUCUAUUCAAGAUUUAUCGCUGUCUAAGAGUGAUGUUAUUGGUGAUCUUGGAAAGCAGAACAAAUAUAUGAUAAUGCAAAAUGUACCUCAGAUUCAAAGUGAUAUAACUGGUGAACGUGAAAAGCACAAGGAAUCUGAGGAGUACAAACGUGCUAAUGCAGAAGAAUGGGAAUCUAGGAAGCGGGAGAUACAGAUUCAGGCAGAAGAAGCACAGAGGUUACGGAAGAGGAGAAAAGCCGAAAGCUUGCGGUUGUUGGACAUGGAGAAAAGGCAAAAGCAACGUGUAGAAGAGAUCAGGGAGUCACAAAGAAAGGAUGAGGAAACUAUACAUCUAAAAGAACUUUUCCGUGCUGAAGUAAGAAGGGAACUGGACAAGAUGGAAGGGAGAUUUAGGGACAUGGCUUCACUUCUACGAGGACUAGGCAUCCAUGUUGAAGGGGGCCCAUUUCCCUUGUCACAUGAGGUUAAUGCUGCCUAUAAACAAGCGUUGUUGAGAUUCCAUCCAGACAGAGCUUCAAGGACCGACAUUCGUCAACAGGUUGAAGCAGAGGAAACAUUUAAAAUGAUUUCACGCUUGAAAGAAAAGCUGCUGCCGGUAGCAUAAUCCCUGCAGCUAUCUUAUGAAGGUAUCUAAUGGCCUUUACCAGCAUUCUCGAGUUACCAAGGUUGGUGUGCUAUCCAUGCAGCUCUCUUCCAACAACAGAAAUUUACUCGGUAGCUUUUCCACACCUACUGCCACAGCACAUUCUCCAGAAGAUGUGCAUUUGUAGUUAGUUCUUGCAGUUCGGCUGUAAUCAGUGAUGAUUCUUUUUCACCUCCUUUCUUCUCUUUGCUGGUAUAUAGUGAUUCAAGAGUAAUCUUGUCAUCGAUCAGGUUCUUUUUUUGGCAUGUCCACGUUGCUGACUUAUUGCUUUGUGUUAAACAGAACAACUUUGUGGAGAUUCUGAUAUUUCAAGAUAUUUCUAUUUUUCAUGUCAA